AUGACGGCCAAGAUCGAUGAACUGGCUCGACUACCACAAACAGGUGUAUCACUUCAGCACUUGCUCGAGUUUGGAACGAACAUUUCUCCCCAGAAACUCAUUCAAUCAGCGCGCUUCUUACACGGUGAAAUGCCUGUUCGAUACGCACACCGCAUCAAGAACCUUGAGAAUUUACCACAUGGACUGAGCGACAUGCCAUCUGUAAAACAAGUGCGGGAUUGGUAUGUCAACUCAGCUCACGAGCUAUUAAACUUCGCAAAAGUCGAGACAUAUCGCGACGAAGUGGCUUUUCGUAAUCUUAUUGAAAGUAUUAAAGCUCGUCAUAGUGGCACGUUAUAUACCAUGGCUAAAGGUGUUCACGAGCUUAAAAUGACAUUGUUCAAAUCCUUUUCGGAAAAAGAUCAAGGCAGAGGAUUAGAAGUGGGAAAACGAUAUUUACGAUCGCAAGAAUUUGCUGACCUGUCGGACUUGCAUUCGUUCUUGGAUGCAUUUUAUAUGUCAAGAAUUGGUAUACGCAUGCUUAUGAGUCAGCAUAUUGCUUUACAUGAAGAAGAAGAUGGAUGGGUUGGAUGCAUUUGUGAGAGCACAUCACCUGCCGAAGUUGCGCUUGCAGCGAUUGAUACGGCCAGGCAUAUGUGUUUAAGGCAAUACGGAGAUGCUCCCGAAGUAGAGUUACAUGGCCAUACCGACUUUUCAAUGCCUUUUGUGCCAAGUCAUUUGCACCACAUGCUCUUUGAAGUGAUUAAAAAUUCAAUGCGUGCAGUAGUGGAAUUCCAUGGUGUUGAUAAUGACAUGCCGCCUAUCAAAAUUGUAAUUGCUGAUGGUGAGGAUAAUGAAGAUGUGUCGAUAAAGAUAUCGGACGAAGGAGGUGGGAUUCCACGAUCGUCUGUGUCACGCAUUUGGUCGUAUCUUUACACGACUGCAGAUUCAGAGGCUUUUGAGCGGCUAGAGGCACCUAAUGAUUUCGGUGGAGAUUCACCACUGGCUGGAUUAGGCUACGGUUUGCCAAUUAGUCGUCUAUUCGCACGUUAUUUUGGUGGAGAUCUUCAGGUGAUAUCAAUGGAGGGGUACGGCACAGAUGCGUAUCUGCAUCUCAAGCGUGUCAGUGAUGCUUCGGAGCCAUUGCCGUAG